AUGGACCCGCUAUUCGCUCACUGCAAACCGUAUAUUAGCUCCAACGAACAUGGAUUCAUGCCGGGUCGCUCUACGGCCACCAAUCUGUGCCUCACCUCUCAAAUCAUCGAGAGCAUGUCGAAGCGCGUUCAAACAGACUUAGAAUUAACGCUUGGCGCUUUUUGGGUACGGGCUGGAGUUUCGUCGUGCGUCGACCGAAGUCGACUAACAGUGUCCCCGGUGGUAUUUUGGACCGCCAUUUCGUCCGAGGACGAUCUACGUGAGUCCGUGCAAUCGUCAAGGCCCGCCCUAAGGGCAGUCAAACGGGACGACGGCGGGUCAAUCCUUUCGCCGCCAUCGCAACGAAGGUACCCACCGCCAUCGUCAAGGUUCACGCCAUCGAGCCGUGACGAACAACAGCAUCGAGUCGACGAAGAAAAACCCUGCGCAGAAGAUGAGGUCGAUUAUGAACUGCGACUUAGGAAAAUGAGACCAGAUAAAAGGGAAAGUUUAGAGGACAAGCGGCGCUUGUUACGGAGACUAGUAAAUGAAGAUAGAAAGCUUAAAGUGUCUUAUGCCCCUAUCGUGAAUAUUAUGGAAGAUAACUUGCGAAUUGAAAAGAAGAUAGCAGAGCUGGAUGAAAUGUUGAAUAAGAAGAUAGAUUACGCGACGGUUUCAAGACUUCGGCAUUAUUUGACCAGGGCUGCUAGGGCAGCGACAACGGAUGAUGUAGAAGUACAGGUGAAAGAGGAUCUUUAUAGUCGUAUUCAGGAAAUAUUUAAAAAGUACAAAAUAAAAAUCAAGAAUCCGGAAAGUGAAUCAGAAGAAGAUCAGGAUAAGACAGAACAGAAAGAUAAAACCGAACAAGAAAGGGAAGAACAGGAGCGGGGAGAGAAGGAGAAUAAGGAUCGCGAAUGGAAAGAACAGGAGCAAAAUGAGAAUGAAAAAAGCGAACCUGGAAAGACAUUAUUAGAGCAAAAACAGAGAGAGAAAGAAGAUCGUGACAUUGAGGAGCAGACAAGAAUAAAUAAAAUGAAGAAGGAGCAAAACAAGGGAGGAAAGGUGAAGAGUCAUGGAAAUAAAUCCGAACUUGAGUUGGAAAGAGAAACCAACGAUGAGAGUAAUGAUGAGAAACUACAAGGAGCGGUACGAAAGGAUAGGCAGAGAUCGAAGCUUUCCGUGAUCGAUAUUGAGGAUCUAGACCAUUUGAUCGAGAUCAACCAUAAAAUUGAUGCCAACGAUCAAUCACUGUACAGGACAGGUCAAGUUUCGAGACCAGAGAUUCACCAUCUGGAGGCAGAAGAGGAUUCUGAUGACUGCUAUUCUGAGGAGGAGGACACACCUGUCUGCGUGAUUCAAAAUAGGCAACAGCAGAAUAAACUGAGAGAGUUGGACCUUACUUGGACUUCCAAUUUAACAGGGGAAACUGUAAUCAACCAUCUGAAAAUCGAAAAAGAUGUACUGCCGGUCGGGAAACAACCAAUAUCAUUUUCGGUUCAUUUCAUGGAGAAGUCUGAAGAAGCGGAGGAACUUGUGAUCAAAUCACGCCCGGAAGAGGACGAUUCAUUAGACGUGCCCACCCUAGAUCUACCAAAAGACCCAGGUAAAUUUAUAGAAAACGUGGAAACUGAGCAUGAACUCUCAGAACCGGACAGGGAAAGGCUAAAACAAGUAUUGAAACGAUUUGCCUGCACGAGCGAGAAUCAAUUAGGAAGGACAACAUUGCUUGAGCACCACAUUGAGUUAGUGGAAGGAACAAAUCUCAAGGAUCUUCCAAUGUAUCGGUACGCACCGAAAAUAUGGGACAAAAUAGAAGCUGAGUUGGAGAGGUGGAAGGAGCUAAAUGUGAUUGAGGAAUGUGUGGCAGAAUACGCUAAUCCAUUGGUCCCAGUAAGGAAAGCCAACGGCAAGAUUAGGGUUUGCCUCGACUCUCGUCGAAUCAACUCAAUCACCAAAAAGGACGCGUAUCCGAUGAGAAACAUGUCAGAGAUUUUUCACCGUUUGAAAAAGGCGAAAUAUUUUAGCGUCAUAGACCUCAAAGACGCCUAUUUUCAAAUUCCCCUCAACGAAAAGUCAAGGGACUACACAGCUUUUAGAACUCCUAAAGGGUUGUUCCGAUUUAAAGUAGUACCGUUUGGGUUGAAGAACGCACCCUUUACCAUGAAUCGCCUCAUGAAUCGUGCCUUUGGGUUCGACUUAGAGCCCAAAGUGUUUACAUAUCUGGACGAUAUUAUUAUAGCAACCGAAACUCUUGAAGAGCAUUUUAGGUUGUUGGAAGAGGUGGCGAAGCGGUUGAGAAACGCUGGUCUAACCAUUUCGGUGGAGAAGACGCUUGGCGCUUUUUGGGUACGGGCUGGAGUUUCGUCGUGCGUCGACCGAAGUCGACUAACAGUGUCCCCGGUGGUAUUUUGGACCGCCAUUUCGUCCGAGGACGAUCUACGUGAGUCCGUGCAAUCGUCAAGGCCCGCCCUAAGGGCAGUCAAACGGGACGACGGCGGGUCAAUCCUUUCGCCGCCAUCGCAACGAAGGUACCCACCGCCAUCGUCAAGGUUCACGCCAUCGAGCCGUGACGAACAACAGCAUCGAGUCGACGAAGAAAAACCCUGCGCAGAAGAUGAGGUCGAUUAUGAACUGCGACUUAGGAAAAUGAGACCAGAUAAAAGGGAAAGUUUAGAGGACAAGCGGCGCUUGUUACGGAGACUAGUAAAUGAAGAUAGAAAGCUUAAAGUGUCUUAUGCCCCUAUCGUGAAUAUUAUGGAAGAUAACUUGCGAAUUGAAAAGAAGAUAGCAGAGCUGGAUGAAAUGUUGAAUAAGAAGAUAGAUUACGCGACGGUUUCAAGACUUCGGCAUUAUUUGACCAGGGCUGCUAGGGCAGCGACAACGGAUGAUGUAGAAGUACAGGUGAAAGAGGAUCUUUAUAGUCGUAUUCAGGAAAUAUUUAAAAAGUACAAAAUAAAAAUCAAGAAUCCGGAAAGUGAAUCAGAAGAAGAUCAGGAUAAGACAGAACAGAAAGAUAAAACCGAACAAGAAAGGGAAGAACAGGAGCGGGGAGAGAAGGAGAAUAAGGAUCGCGAAUGGAAAGAACAGGAGCAAAAUGAGAAUGAAAAAAGCGAACCUGGAAAGACAUUAUUAGAGCAAAAACAGAGAGAGAAAGAAGAUCGUGACAUUGAGGAGCAGACAAGAAUAAAUAAAAUGAAGAAGGAGCAAAACAAGGGAGGAAAGGUGAAGAGUCAUGGAAAUAAAUCCGAACUUGAGUUGGAAAGAGAAACCAACGAUGAGAGUAAUGAUGAGAAACUACAAGGAGCGGUACGAAAGGAUAGGCAGAGAUCGAAGCUUUCCGUGAUCGAUAUUGAGGAUCUAGACCAUUUGAUCGAGAUCAACCAUAAAAUUGAUGCCAACGAUCAAUCACUGUACAGGACAGGUCAAGUUUCGAGACCAGAGAUUCACCAUCUGGAGGCAGAAGAGGAUUCUGAUGACUGCUAUUCUGAGGAGGAGGACACACCUGUCUGCGUGAUUCAAAAUAGGCAACAGUAA